UAUUAGUUUCUCAACAAAUAAGAACUUUUUCCAAUUUUUCCUUUUUUUUGAAUGAUUUUUGGGGUGGGACGUGUUAUAAUGGGGAUGAGGGUUCUACAUGCUAUCAGAUUGCCGCCAAUUGUAUCUCUUCAACUCUUUCCUUUCAAUUUCCAAUUUCUCUCACUAUUAAUAAGCCCUAGAAAAUAGACCCCCCUUUCACAUUCGCCACUUUCCCAAUGUCUCAAGAAUUCUCCGAUACCGAUUCCGACGAUGGGUUCAACGAAGAUAUGGAAGCCCUAAGAAGAGCAUGUCAAAUAGCCGGAAAAAAUCCCGCCGAUGACCAGAUUCAACCGCCAUCUACAACCGGCGCCGCCACCGCCAUUGGCGUCGGUGAGAGUACAUCGUCGGAGUCGGAAUCUGAUUGUGAGGGAGACGAUGACCUUCAAAUGGUGCGCAGUAUUCAGAAACGAUUCGCGCCGUCGAUGGAUACGGAGGACGAACCUCCGACGAUGGAGCCCUUGUGUACGCUACCUGCUGACUGGUCUGAUAGCGAUGAUUGUGGGGAAGAUUACGAGACUCUUCGAGCUAUUCAGCGGCGUUUCGCUGCCUAUAAUGAAGGCAGCCCAAAAGACAACACGGAGGACUUUUUGCAUAGAACUGUGCAGGUGGGUGAUACUAUCAUAGAUUCGGAAAAGGAAUCUUCAAAUAGCUUUGUUGAGAGAACUAAUGCUCGAGAAGGAUUUCUCAAUUGUGUAGAUACAAAAGAUCCUACUGAGAAGGAAUCGGAAGCAAGUCAUGAUGCUCAUACAAGACAACCUUCUGAUGAUGUGGCGAAAUCGCCACUUAAAAACUCCGACUUUCCAAAGUCUGCACUGGCAUUUGUUGAUGCUAUAAAAAAGAAUAGAUCUUGCCAGAAGCUCAUCAGAACCAAGAUGAUGCAAAUGGAAUCCAGGAUUGAAGAACUCAAUAAGAUGAAGGAACGUGUCAAAAUCCUGAAAGACUUUCAGGUUGCUUGCAAAAAGAGAACUGGGCGAUCCUUGUCUCAGAAAAAGGAUGCUCGUGUGCAGUUGAUAUCAUUGCCAAAGCUAAGGGCAAAUAUGAAGUUCAAUGAGAAAAUCUCUGCUCAAUAUAAGGGGCCGCCAGAGAAUAUGCAUGUUGCUAAUUACAAAGAGGCAUUAAAAACAUUUGCUGUCUCUGUUAGUAGGGAGAAGUGGUCAAAGGAAGAGAGUGAAAACCUUGUGAAGGGUGUUAAACAACAGUUUCAGGGAAUGUUGCUUCAGCGAUCUGUUGAUCUACUCAGCGAGGAGGAUGGAUCGUGUGAUGUUAGUAACGUUGACAGCAUCAUUGGAUCAAUAAAAGAUGUUGACAUUACACCAGAGAAAAUAAGAUUAUUCUUGCCUAAGGUUAACUGGGAGCAGCUAGCUGGUAUGUAUGUACCUGGUCGUUCUGGUGCAGAAUGUCGUUCAAGGUUCCUAAACUUUGAAGAUCCAUUAAUUAAUCACAAUCAAUGGACUGCUAUGGAGGACAAGAAUCUUUUGUAUAUUGUUCAACAAAAGGGAGUAAGUAACUGGAUUGAUAUUGCUGCAUCACUGGGAACAAAUAGGACCCCUUUUCAGUGCUUAGCACGUUAUCAAAGGAGCCUUAAUGCUUCAAUACUUAAAAGAGAGUGGACCAACGAGGAGGAUAACCAUCUUCGUGCUGCUGUAGAAACUUAUGGUGAGAGUAAUUGGCAAGAUGUUGCUUCGGUGAUGGAAGGACGGACAGGUACCCAAUGCUCUAAUAGAUGGUUGAAAACACUUCAUCCAACUAGGGAAAGGUGUGGAAAAUGGACUGCACAAGAAGAUAAACGCUUGAAAGUUGCUGUAACAUUUUUUGGGCCAAAAACAUGGAAAAAAGUAGCUAGGUAUGUGCCUGGUCGGACACAGGUUCAGUGCAGAGAAAGAUGGGUCAAUUGCUUAGAUCCAUCCCUGAAAAUGGCUAAAUGGACUGAAGAAGAAGAUUCAAAGUUGAAAGAGGCCAUUUCAAAGCAUGUUUUUUGCUGGUCCAAGGUUGCUUCAUGUGUUCCCGGUCGUACUGAUAAUCAGUGUUUGAGGAGAUGCAAGGUGUUGUUUCCAGGUGAAUUUCGUCGGCUUCAAGCUGCCAAAAAGAUACAAAAGGUUGCAUUAAUAUCGAACUUUGUUGAUAGAGAAUCCGAAAGACCUACCCUUGGACCUAAUGACUUUCGUUUGCCAGAAACAUACCGUAUCACCGAAUCUGAAGAUGCUGAUCCUUCUAGAAGAAAAAAGAGAAGAACAAGGUCCAGGCAGACGGAGACACAUGAAAGUAUUGAAAAAGAUGCUCUUUCUGGUGACACAUGUCCUGAAGAAGUUUCUAGGUUAACAAAUGGCAAUGUGGUUGAGAAUUUGCAUGGUAGACGCAUGCCUAGGAAAGCGAAGAGCAAGAAUUCACGUUUGAUGGAGAAAAAUCCUUGUUCUUCAUCAUACAGUCAUCGAGAUACAAUGCUCGGUGAGGAGGUUAUGAAUUCUCGACCAAAUGAUGGUAAGAGUAACAGAAAACAUCAGCAGCAAAAGAAGAAAUCUCGUGUAAAAUCAAAACCUGUGGAGGGUGACCCUACUACAUCUGGUGCAGUUUGUGAAGGAAAUAUAUUGAUUGAACCAGACCACAAUGAAAAUAAAUGUACUGACCCUACAGAAGAGUGUUUAUUACCAACUAUCGCAGAUCCAAAUCUGCAGUGGGUAAACGUGGGUACUGAACCUAAUUGCGAUGAUUCCACGCAAAGUAAGAAGGCUAAAAAGCUUCAACCGAGAAGGUGUCGUGGUAAAAUGCUUGUGGAAGAGCCGGAGGCUACACAAGCAGGGGACGCAACAUUCUUUGAGAAGGGAAAGGAAAUGGAGAAGAAGAAGAAGAAGAAGAAGAAGAAAAGGACUGACGAAACAAAUAAUUAUCUAACACAUUUCCCUGACUCGAUGUCACUUGCGGAUAUUAUGAAAGAGUUACAGGCUCUCCGUGGAAUUAAAGCUAGAAAAAGAAAGUGUGUCGAUUUGACUCCUCCUGCACAUAUGCAAACCAAGACAACUGUUCAUACGGACGCAUGUUUAAAAAAUUUAGGAGAUGAAUCGUCUUUAUGUCAUGUGGAGAUUAAUCAGUGUUUUAGCAGCGAUGGUGGUGUUGCGGUAUUAGGGAAUUCAGAGGAUUCUGCUGCUGCAUCUUCUGUCAGGGACAACAUUAUUUUAUCCGAAAUCGAAAAGGAAAAGGAAAAUUGGCAGUUACAGAUUGGUUCCAGCAUUGAUGCCUCUGUCUCCAAUCAGUCCAAAAAAAGCACUAGAGAAGAAACUUGUUCUACUGAGACGGUUGAAGUAGAAGCGGGAUCAAGAAGCAACGAUCAAGAUUGCCCAAAUCAGGCGGCAUAUUUUGAUAUAACUCCACCUCUGCAGACUUAUUUUAGGAAAAAACAGAAGGUAUCUGAUAAUGUGGAUAAGGCCUUUCCAUAACUGCUCAUAUGAUGAGGCAGUUUUUUGUAUUCAGAUACUAUUCAAUUGCUUCAUUUUUGAGGAAGUUAUUGUUCUUUUCGUUUACAUAGUUAUUCUUUGUUUAUUUUGUUGGCAAAUUUGAUUUGUAUUUGGUGGAUUUCAUGUUUGAGAUCGGAAAUUGUCGACGUUGAAAAUCAAA